AUGGAGCAAUUACUAUACCCGCCGAGAUUAGCUGCGUCUUCAGAUUCGGUACACAGCUCCGACGGGUCACUUAUAAGUGUCUUUAAUACCGAAGCUGUUCCCUCCGGAUCGUCGACCUAUACAACACUUGAACCAUCAUUUGAUUUACCAAUCGGCGAUACUUCCUUCAUCCAACAAAUCCUUGACAAUACAACUCCAUUGCCUGAUCUUGAUUUAGAAGACGACCUAUUCAAAGAUCUAUCUGAAGAUCAACUAUCAGGUGACUUAUUUUCUGAUUUCGAUCCACUUAUGACAAUUCAAGAACUCACCAGCGUCCCAAUGGAGCAAUCCAAUGACUAUUCCACAAAGGAGAUUUCCACAGGCCUACCAUCCCUUUCAACACAUGAUGAAACAACAACUUCUUCAAUCAAUUCACCCGUUUCCGAAGACAGUGAACGUGACGAUAUGAAUCGACGUGGAGUCAAGAAGAGCGGUGGUCCAGUUCGUAAACUAGCUCGUUUUGGCAACAAACAAGUGAUCAAAUAUUCCGACGAAUAUCACGACCGACGAUUGAAAAACAAUGAAGCUGUUAAGAAAAGUCGAAUGAAAGCCAAAGAAAAACAAAAAUCUGGCGACGCUCAAAUGAUCAAACUAACUGAAGAAAACCGUGUGUUAAACGAUCGCGUCGAUUUAUUGAUGAAAGAAUUACAAGUUCUUCGAUCACUCUACAAAGAACUCAAACAUGAUAUUCCAGCUGCAUCCACACUGGCGUCGAACAACACACAUUGA